AUGUCUCUAGAGGAGCCAGAUGCUCCGUCGAUGCUGAUCUUAGAUAAGCCACGCCAGCUGCAGUUGUUCAAGUUUGGUCUUGAGCAAGCUCUUGCGCAGGGUGACUUUCUGGAUCAGCCAACUCUGACAGGUCUCCGUGCCUUGGCUAUAUAUCUCUCUGCCCUUCGUGUUCACAACCGAGGCAAAGGAAUAUGGAUCCUUAACGGUCUCGCCAUCCGGAUUGCUCAAUCCCUCGGCCUGCACAGAGACGGCGAGCGACUGGGUCUCCCGCCUUUCGAAUCUGAACUCCGUCGUCGGCUUUGGUGGCAUCUCAUCACCAGAGACAGUCGCUCUGGGGAAGACUAUGGGCUGGAAAAUUCGACCGGCAUGCAACCACAAUCUGACGUAAAACUGCCCCUCAACAUCAACGACGAAGACCUCUCGCCAGAGAUGAAAGAGCUCCCUCCAGAAAAGCGAGGAUGGACGGCCAUGACAUUCUCACUGGUUUACAUCGAGCUUGCCAAGGCGAUACAGAAGCUUGCCACCGCUGUCUCAUCUCCCUCCCCAAGUGAAGAGACAAGACGUAAGAUCAUAGAAGAAGCCCGAUCUAAAGUCAUGAAGCGAGUAGAUGAGUGUGGUUCGGUGUCAUCAGGGUUGCCCCAGUAUCGUCUCACUGUGCACUGCGCCCGCUUCCUACUCCGCAAGCUUGACUUUUUCACCAGACAGCAAUGGCUUGCAUUACAACAUCCUGGCUCCCGAGAAGCACUAGCUACGGAAGAUGAUCUGCUAGAGGCAUUGGAAAUUCUGGAACCGAGGAUGUUUGGUGAUGAGCCUCUCCUGGGGCAAUACGGCUGGGCAAGAAAGGCUUAUCCGCAGUACCACGUCACCAUGUACAUCCUCUGGCAUCUGUGCACUCGGCCAAAUGGACCACAUGUGGAUAGGGCUUGGAGAGCCGUCGAAGGCGUGUUUUCCACUGAGCUGGCCGAUGAGUUUGCCGACCGAGUUGGAUCCAAGCCCGCAGUCCUCGCCGCCCUCAAGUCGAAAGCUGAAGCACUGAGGAAGCAGAGCGCCACCAAGCCUAGCAACGGGCCAUUAGAAGAGCCAGGAGAGUCCCAGGGCGUCCCAGUGGGCGCACUCGAUGGACUAAACUUUGAAGACUCAGUAUUGGACAAUGGCGGGGAUGAGUGGUUACCAUGGACUUCGAUGAUGCAGGGGAUUUCCGAGGAAGAGGCUUUCCCGUGGUUUUGCCAUGCCAUCAAAGAAGGCAUGUUCAAGUACAAUGCUAGCAUCAUACCCGAUACUGUACGGCAACACGGCAAUGCUGGUAAUGGUCGGAGAUAUUUUGUCUUUGAUAUAAUGGCGAACAUUCUUGUGACUGGCGCAAACCGUGGAAUCGGUUAUGCCAUUGUGCAAACCAUCGCGACCCGUCUUCCCACUUCCAACAUCAUCCUCGCAUGCAGGAGCAAAACUUCAGCUGAGGAAGCUAUUCAAACUCUUUGCGGCAGCGGAGUUUCAGCUGGGUUGGACCAUGUUGAACUUGAUAUUGAGAACGAUGCUUCAAUCGAGUCAGCAGUGGCGGCUAUAGAUAAGAAAUAUGGCAGUCUAGAUGUUCUUAUCAAUAAUGCGGCCAAGAUUGAGUGGCCGGCCUCAGAUAGUUUGGCUGACAUUCGUUCCGCAAGCAACUCUUGUUACAACAAUGUCAUCACAUCCAACGCCAUUGUCACCAAGGCAUUCAACCAUGUACUGCGAAAGAGUGAAUGGCCGCGGGUUAUCAUGAUCUCUAGUGCACGAGGUAGCGUGUCACGGACUGCCGACAGAGAGCUUCCACCUGUCGCAAACAUGGAUUAUUGCAUUGCAAAAGCUGGCCUCAACAUGCUCACACUGCAGCUGCAACUGGCGGAGGAUGGUAGAGAAGGUGUAUCCGGCAUCACGUACUGGGCGGUUAGCCCAGGUCAUUGCAAGACUGCUUUCAACGGCUACAGGGGAAAGAAAGCUCCUCUAGAAGGAGCUGAGGCCGUCGUGAGACUACUUGAGACAAAGAAAGAAGAGGUUGAGCCUGGAACAUUCUGGGAAUACGAAGAUGGCAAUUUUUGCCAAGUUCCUUGGUAG